GUAAUUGGAAUAGAUAUGGAAUGUUUUUGUCUGUGGGCCAUUGUUUUGUGUUCCAUGUUUGUUGACAUAAUUCUUGUUAGAAUUUGGAUUUCUCCAGUCCUUGUGACUCGAAACCAUGGUGACUACCUCAAAAGAAUCUAUCAUCCUCACAGUUCCAAAGCUGAUGAUUUGUCCACUGCAAUUCUCAAGCAAAAGAACCGGCCCAAUCGGUUAAUUGUUGACGAAGCAAUCAAUGAGGACAACAGUGUGGUAUCACUGUCCCAGGCCAAAAUGGAUGAAUUGCAGCUGUUCAGGGGAGACACAGUCCUGCUGAAAGGGAAGAAGAGAAGGGAGGCAGUAUGCAUUGUCUUGUCGGAUGACACCUGCUCGGAUGAGAAGAUCCGUAUGAACAGGGUUGUUCGAAACAAUUUGCGCGUGCGCUUGGGUGAUGUGAUCAGCAUCCAGCCAUGUCCAGAUGUGAAGUAUGGCAAACGUAUCCAUGUGCUUCCAAUUGAUGAUACUGUGGAAGGGAUCACAGGCAACCUGUUUGAGGUCUACCUCAAACCGUACUUCCUGGAAGCCUACAGACCAAUCAGAAAAGGAGACAUCUUUCUGGUGCGUGGAGGGAUGCGUGCAGUGGAGUUCAAGGUGGUGGAGACAGACCCCAGCCCCUACUGCAUUGUUGCUCCAGACACUGUGAUUCACUGUGAGGGAGAACCUAUCAAGCGAGAGGAUGAAGAGGAAUCUCUCAACGAAGUGGGAUAUGAUGACAUCGGAGGCUGCCGAAAGCAACUGGCUCAGAUCAAGGAAAUGGUGGAGCUGCCACUCAGGCACCCCGCUCUCUUUAAAGCAAUUGGUGUGAAGCCUCCCCGUGGAAUCCUGCUUUAUGGUCCACCAGGUACUGGGAAGACCCUGAUUGCCCGGGCGGUAGCCAAUGAGACAGGAGCUUUCUUCUUCCUGAUCAAUGGUCCUGAGAUCAUGAGCAAGUUGGCCGGGGAGUCGGAGAGCAAUCUGCGGAAGGCCUUUGAGGAAGCUGAGAAAAACGCUCCAGCCAUCAUCUUCAUUGAUGAGCUGGAUGCCAUUGCUCCCAAAAGGGAGAAGACACACGGUGAAGUGGAACGGCGUAUUGUCUCUCAGUUGCUGACCCUCAUGGAUGGCCUGAAGCAGCGAGCACAUGUGAUUGUCAUGGCUGCUACCAACAGACCCAACAGCAUUGAUCCUGCACUCCGGCGAUUUGGUCGCUUUGACAGGGAGGUAGAUAUUGGCAUUCCGGACGCCACCGGACGGCUGGAGAUCCUGCAGAUCCACACCAAGAACAUGAAACUGGCUGACGAUGUUGAUCUGGAGCAGGUGGCCAAUGAGACCCAUGGGCACGUUGGGGCUGACUUGGCUGCCCUUUGCUCAGAGGCAGCCCUGCAGGCUAUCCGGAAGAAGAUGGAUCUCAUUGACUUGGAGGACGAGACCAUUGAUGCUGAAGUGAUGAACUCCCUCGCGGUGACCAUGGAUGACUUCAGGUGGGCCCUGAGCCAGAGCAACCCCUCAGCCCUGCGUGAGACAGUGGUGGAAGUGCCACAGGUGACCUGGCAGGACAUUGGCGGCUUGGAAGAUGUCAAGCGAGAACUCCAGGAGCUUGUACAGUACCCAGUAGAGCAUCCAGACAAAUUCCUUAAAUUUGGCAUGACCCCUUCAAAAGGAGUGCUGUUCUAUGGGCCACCUGGCUGUGGGAAAACUCUGCUGGCCAAAGCCAUUGCCAAUGAAUGCCAGGCCAACUUCAUCUCCAUCAAGGGGCCAGAGCUGCUCACCAUGUGGUUUGGAGAGUCAGAGGCCAAUGUGCGCGAGAUCUUUGACAAGGCCCGCCAAGCAGCUCCUUGUGUCUUGUUCUUCGACGAACUUGACUCCAUUGCAAAGGCCCGUGGUGGGAACAUUGGAGAUGGUGGUGGUGCUGCAGACAGAGUUAUUAAUCAGAUCCUCACGGAGAUGGAUGGCAUGUCGACCAAAAAGAACGUCUUCAUCAUUGGUGCCACCAACCGGCCAGACAUCAUCGAUCCAGCUAUCCUGCGCCCGGGACGUCUGGACCAGCUGAUCUACAUCCCGCUGCCUGACGAGAAAUCUCGGGUGGCCAUCCUCAAGGCCAACCUGCGGAAGUCCCCUGUGGCCAAGGAUGUGGACUUGGAGUUCCUGGCAAAAAUGACCAACGGCUUUUCUGGGGCUGACCUGACAGAGAUUUGCCAGCGGGCCUGCAAACUGGCCAUCCGCGAGUCCAUUGAAAGCGAGAUCAGGCGGGAGCGAGAAAGGCAGACCAACCCUUCUGCGAUGGAGGUGGAAGAAGAAGACCCGGUCCCUGAGAUCCGCCGUGACCACUUCGAAGAGGCCAUGCGCUUUGCCCGCCGCUCGGUCAGCGACAACGACAUCCGCAAGUACGAGAUGUUUGCGCAAACCCUACAGCAGAGCCGAGGCUUCGGCAGCUUCAGAUUCCCAUCCGGUAACCAAGGUGGUGCUGGACCAAGCCAGGGCGCAGGAGGAAGCGGUGGAGGAAAUGUUUACAGCGAAGACAACGAUGAUGAUCUCUAUGGUUAAAGUGCUGUCAGAGUGGACCAAACUCCAGAACAGGCCACGUUGUACAGGGCAAUUCCAGUGGUCAGUGGACUCCUGGCAUCUUCAUUCCUUGGUCAGAUCCUUGUAGCUGCGUGUCAGGCUCUGUGUCAGCUGGAGUCUGCUGUAAAUGCAAGGCAGCUGGUUGGCUGGUCUGUUUGGGAGGCAGGCAGGCAGGCAGGCAAUUAAUGAGAAGGGGAACUGGCUACACUUCUGGGAAAUUUCUGUUCUAGUUUUAUGGCAGAAUCAGCAGCUUUAGCAACGGGUACAACCAUAGCCUGUAAAAACAAAACAAAACAAAAAUUUAAAAACCCACAAAAAUAAAAAAAAAUAAAAAAAUCCCAUAACUUCA